CCCCGGGCGAGGCCCAUGUCGGGAGCAGCCAGGGGAGUGUCUGCUCCGGCGAGCCUUGAGGACUCACAGCGGCGUGUUCGCUCAUCUGCCUCUCCCUCGUUCAUGAACAGGAAGCUGACCAAAGUCUUGCGUAACUACGUGGACAACGCCGAGAAGCCGGGCGUCAGCGAGCAGCUGUCCCGAGCCAUGAAGGCGCUGGAGUACAUCUUCAAGUUCAUUGUGCGCUCACGCGUGCUCUUCAACCAGCUGUACGAGAACAAGGGUGAGGCCGAUUUCCGGGAGUCCUUGGUGCAGCUCUUCCGCUCCAUCAACAGCAUGAUGAACAGCCUGUCGGACCAGACCGUCCGCGUGAAGGGCGCAGCUCUGAAGUACCUGCCCACCAUCGUCAAUGACGUGAAGCUGGUGUUGGAUCCCAAAGAGCUCAGCAAAAUGUUCACGGAGUUCAUCCUCAACGUUCCCAUGGGCUCCCUCACCAUCCAGAAGCUUUCCUGCUUGAUCGAGAUCAUCCACAGCGACCUCUUCACACAGCACGACUGCAGAGAGAUUCUGCUCCCCAUGAUGACAGACCAACUCAAGCACCACCUGGAGCAGCAGGAGGACCUGGAGGGCUGCUGUCAGCUUCUGAGCUCCAUCCUGGAGGUCCUGUACCGGCAGGACGUGGGCCCCACGCAGAGACACGUCCAGACGAUCAUGGAGAAGCUUCUACGGACGGUGAACCGCACAGUCAUUUCUAUGGGCCGAGACUCCGAGCUCAUCGGAAACUUUGUGGCGUGCAUGACGGCUAUUCUGCGGCAGAUGGAGGACUACCAUUACGCCCACCUGAUCAAGACUUUCGGGAAGAUGAGGACUGAUGUCGUGGAUUUCCUGAUGGAGACAUUCAUCAUGUUUAAGAACCUCAUUGGGAAGAACGUCUACCCUUUCGACUGGGUGAUCAUGAACAUGAUGCAGAAUAAAGUCUUCCUGCGAGCAAUUAAUCAGUAUGCAGAUAUGCUGAACAAAAAGUUUCUGGAUCAAGCCAACUUUGAGCUCCAGCUGUGGAAUAACUACUUCCACUUGGCCGUGGCCUUCCUGACGCAGGAGUCCUUGCAGCUGGAGAACUUCUCGAGCACCAAGAGAGCCAAAAUCCUGAACAAGUAUGGAGAUAUGAGGAGACAGAUCGGUUUUGAGAUCAGAGACAUGUGGUACAACCUCGGCCAACACAAGAUCAAGUUCAUCCCAGAGAUGGUCGGCCCAAUUUUGGAGAUGACCCUCAUUCCCGAGACGGAGCUACGGAAAGCCACCAUUCCCAUCUUCUUUGACAUGAUGCAGUGUGAAUUCCAUUCCACACGAAGCUUCCAGAUGUUUGAGAAUGAAAUCAUCACCAAGCUCGAUCACGAAGUGGAAGGAGGCUGCGGAGAUGAGCAGUACAGAGUGUUAUUUGAUAGAAUUCUCCUGGAGCACUGCAGGAAGCACAAGUACCUGGCCAAGACCGGAGAGGCGUUCGUGAGGCUGGUGGUGCGGCUGCUGGAGCGGCUGCUGGACUACAGGACCAUCAUGAACGACGAGAACAAGGAGAACCGCAUGAGCUGCACCGUCAACGUGCUGAAUUUCUACAAGGAAAUUGAACGAGAAGAGAUGUACAUAAGGUAUCUGUACAAGCUGUGCGACCUGCACAAGGAGUGUGACAACUACACGGAGGCCGCCUACACCCUCCUCCUCCACGCAAAGCUCCUUAAGUGGUCUGAGGACGUGUGUGCCGCCCACCUCACCCAGCGGGACGGGUACCAGGCCACCACACAGGGCCAGCUCAAGGAGCAGCUGUACCAGCAGAUCAUCCACUACUUCGACAAGGGCAAGAUGUGGGAGGAGGCCAUCGCCCUGGGCAAGGAGCUGGCAGAGCAGUAUGAAAACGAGAUGUUUGACUACGAACAGUUGAGUGAGCUACUGAGGAAGCAGGCGCAGUUCUAUGAGAACAUCGUCAAGGUGAUCAGGCCCAAGCCCGACUACUUUGCUGUGGGCUACUACGGACAAGGCUUCCCCACGUUCCUUCGGGGGAAGGUCUUCAUUUACCGAGGGAAGGAGUAUGAGCGCAGAGAGGACUUUGAAGCACGGCUGCUGACGCAGUUCCCCAACGCAGAGAAGAUGAAGACCACGGCUCCCCCCAGCGAGGACGUCAAGAACUCCCCCGGCCAGUACAUCCAAUGCUUCACAGUCAAGCCCAAACUGGACUUGCCCCCCAGAUUCCACAGGCCAGUGUCCGAGCAGAUCGUCAGCUUCUACAGAGUGAACGAGGUCCAGCGCUUUGAGUACUCCCGGCCCGUCCGCAAGGGGGAGAAAACUCCCGACAAUGAGUUUGCGAACAUGUGGAUUGAGAGGACCAUUUACACAACUGCCUACAAGCUUCCGGGCAUUUUACGGUGGUUUGAGGUCAAAUCUGUUUUCAUGGUGGAGAUCAGCCCCCUGGAGAACGCCAUCGAGACCAUGCAGCUGACCAACGACAAGAUGAACAGCAUGGUGCAGCAGCACCUGGAGGACCCCAGCCUGCCCAUCAACCCGCUCUCCAUGCUGCUCAACGGCAUCGUGGACCCGGCCGUCAUGGGCGGCUUCGCCAACUACGAGAAGGCCUUCUUCACAGAGCGCUACCUACAGGAGCAUCCUGAGGCUCACGAGCAGAUUGAGAAGCUCAAGGACCUGAUUGCCUGGCAGAUCCCGUUCUUGGCCGAAGGCAUCCGGAUUCACGGCGAGAAAGUCACGGAGGCCCUGAGACCAUUUCACGAGCGGAUGGAGGCCUGUUUCAAGCAGCUCAAGGAGAAGGUCGAGAAGCAGUACGGCGUGCGCACCUUGCCCUCCAGUCUGGACGACCGAAGAGGCAGCCGGCCGUGCUCCAUGAUCCGUUCCUUCACCAUGCCGUCCUCGUCCCGGCCCCUCUCGGUGGCCUCCAUGUCCUCUCUGUCCUCUGACAGCACCCCUUCCCGGCCAGGCUCCGACGGGUUUGCCCUGGAACCUCUGCUGCCGAAGAAGACGCACUCCCGCUCCCAGGACAAGCUGGACAAGGACGACGCGGAGAAGGAGAAGAAGGACAAGAAGAAAGAGAAGAGGAACAGCAGGCACCAGGAGACAUUCGACAAGGAGCUCAAGCCGGCUGACGCCACCCUGCAGCAGUCAGAAGCCGUGAUCCUGUCAGAAACGAUAAGUCCCCUACGGCCGCAGAGACCCAAGAGCCAGGUGGUCAACACCAUGGGCAGUGAGAGGCGCUUCUCCGUGUCCCCGUCCUCACCGUCCACCCAGCAGACGCCCCCGCCGGUCACGCCCAGGGCCAAGCUCAGCUUCAGCCUGCAGUCUGGCUUGGAGCUGAACGGUGUGGAUGGCGCCGAGGUCCCGCCCCCCCUGCCUCUUAAGGGCGGCUCAGCCGACUAUGGGAAUGUGCUGGACAGCCCGGAGCUGAUGAGCCCCCUGACGCCACCGCCCCCUCCUCCUCACCAGAGAAACCUGCCACCCCCACUGCCCAGCAAGACGCCGCCCCCGCCCCCUCCCAAGACCACGCGCAAGCAGACAUCCGUGGACUCGGGCAUCGUGCAGUGAGCGCCAGGCAGAGCCGUCGGCCCCCGGCCCCCGCCUCCCACCUCCUUGUCCUCGGUUUACCUCAUCAUCAUGCCACCGUGACAUCAGCCUUCCAUGCAAAUCCUUCUUCACGGGACUUGUCCCUAGCUGUGGAGGGGGGACGGGUUUAUCAAAACGGGGCUCUCUCUGCCCAUCGAGAGAGAGAGAGAGAGAGAGAGACUCCAUCUUGCCCUAGAACUCUCCUCCCUUUGUGCCAAAUGCCCUGACAGCCAAGCCCUCAGCUGGCCGGGGGUCGCCCCUCAGGAGUGGGCAGGCCCCUGGAGACCUCAGACUAGCUGCUGAGUCCCCUCCGUCUCCCUCCUCUCUCUCAGCCACCCCCAGCUCACUCCCCCAAACCCACCCGCCUGUGCGGCUUUGCCGGCUGAGUCCAGGUCAGGCAGGAAAGGCUCCCGGCUCCUUCUAUCUAAUUUAAAACGGGACCUUCCUCAGCUACUGAACUCCGUUACUAAUUUAUGGCGUGGAAACACUAUUAGGAAAAUACUGGGUCAAGUGAGACAGAAUCACGGCGCUGGGAAGAGCGGCCUUCUUUCCUUUGAGAGAAAAAAAAGUCGUCUGGCGUUCUUUCUCCUCUCCUCAUUCUGUACAGAAAUCUGUAUAUACAAUGCUUCCUGGGAUCCGUCUGUGGUCUCCCCACGGGCUGUGAGGCCCCUGACCCGCUGGGUUCUUGAUUCUCAAGCCUGCAAACGCUAAGAAACACAGGUCGCAUUGACUUGUUUUGUUUCCAGAUCUCCAAAGUCCUAAAAGGUGGGUGGACGAGGAAAUCUUUUCUUUUUUUAAAAGAAACUAACUUUAUAUAACCUCAUAUUGUAUUCUAUCAUCUAUAUUUUUUUAUUCACUGUAAUCAUGUUACUCUUCCAGUAGACUCGAACGCUAAUCAUUGACAAUGGGAAAAAAAAAUAAAGUGAUAUUUAAAAAGGA